CUUCGGCUUCAUGAGCUCAUACGUAAGGGAAACUGUACAUUAUUGUUUAAGCUUGAGCUUCACAUAAACUCAAUAUUAUCUUAUCUUAUUUGAGACAUGAAUGACCUCUUAUUCAAUACAUUUCGAAUUACACGCAUUACAAAUUAAUCAAUUGUCCACUCACGCUCUUCCAUUGGUCCUGUGCAAUCCCAUUGAAAAGCUGUAACCCAAGAGUACCUGUUACGAUUCAUCAACUUCCGAACCAUGAACACAUUACGGACCUUGAGGCCACUAGCCUCACGCAUCCAACCUUACACACUCCCUAGAACAGUCCGCCAGUUCUCUGCUACGGCAACUAGGUCUUAUGAAUAUUUAUUGGUAUCAGAACCUAAGCCGGGUGUUGGCCAAGUCACUCUAAAUAGACCUAAGGCUCUCAAUGCCUUAUCUACGCCCCUCAUCAACGAGCUCAAUCAGGCCUUGGGCGAGCUCAACUCGUCGGACAGUAUCUCAGCUAUCAUUCUGACAGGGUCUGAAAAGGCCUUCGCUGCCGGCGCGGAUAUCAAAGAGAUGGCGCCCCUUACCUUCUCCGAGGCGUACACCAAGAGCUUCAUCGAAUCAUGGUCCCAACUCACAACUCAAGUGAAGAAGCCCAUAAUUGCAGCCGUGUCCGGGCACGCCCUUGGCGGCGGUUGCGAGCUCGCUAUGAUGUGCGACAUCCUAUACUGCACCGAAACAGCCAACUUCGGGCAGCCUGAGAUCAAGUUAGGUACCAUCCCAGGCGCGGGCGGUAGCCAACGACUGACACGAGCCAUCGGCAAGUCACGCGCCAUGGAGGCAAUCCUAACAGGCAAAUCGAUAUCGGGAGUCAACGCGGCACAGUGGGGACUCGCUGCUAAGGCUUUCCCCAGCUACGAAGCGCUGAUGGAGGGCGCAUUGAAGACAGCCGAGACCAUCGCGAGUUAUUCCAAGGUAGCGGUUAUCGCAGCCAAGGAGGCAGUGAACAAGAGCCAGGACCUACCGCUGCGGGACGGCGUGGAGUACGAGAGGCGCGUGUUCCACUCGCUCUUUGGCAGUCAGGACCAGAAGAUUGGCAUGAAGGCUUUUACGGAGAAGACGAAGCCGGAAUGGAAGCAUGAAUAGUAAAAGUAAACCCAUAUUGUACGGUACGGUGCGAUGGCAUGACAUAACGUAUAAAGUAUUUAAUUUUCGUCACGUUUCAGGUUGAGAGAUGUGAAAUUUAUCGAUGAUGUUGCUUGCUCUUAGAAUCUAAGAUUCCGAAUUAUAUAAAUCCUACUUCGUAUAUCCCUUGAAAUAAAUCUGGGUUUUCCUAAUCAAGCAAAUGAAUUGAAUACAAUAAGUCAUAAUGCACGUAUUUCAAUAUACA